GAUUAGUGUUUGUGUGCGGUACGGAGCGAUGGGUUUGUUAUCCGAAGGUUCUCCGCUCACAUGGGAAGAAACAAAAAAGUAUGCUAACUAUGUGAGAGAACAUGGUGUUAUACAAUUUAUAAAAAUAUAUCAUCGCUUAAAGGAUAGACAGAACGACUGUUUAAAAUGGGGUGAUGAGGUUGAGUAUAUGGUAAUCAAGUUUGAUCAUUCCAAGAAAACAGCUAAAGUAUGUCUAAAAGCAGAAAGGUUAUUGGCUGUUUUGCUGGAGAAAGAAAAAGAAAAUCAUGGUGAUGUGAAAGCAUUAUGGCGCCCUGAAUUUGGUGCAUAUAUGAUUGAAGGUACUCCUGGAAAGCCAUAUGGAGCUCUUUCAUCGUGUUUCAAUGUAGUUGAAGCAAAUAUGAGGGCUAGAAGGCUUGAAGUUACAGACUUGCUUGAGAGUGAUGAAAGUUUGUUGUGUCUGACCAGCUUUCCUCGCCUAGGUUGUGCAGAAUUUACUUUUCCACCUGCUACCACUGAUCCUAAAGGAAGUGCCUUAUGUUCUUUAUUUUUCCCUGAUGCCGCUGUAUAUGGAGGUCAUCCAAGAUUUAAAACUUUGGCAAGAAACAUACGACAACGACGAGGCAGAAAGGUUGUUAUAAACGUACCAAUUUACAGAGACCGAAAUACACCAGAUCCUUUUGUUGAGGACUUCACCAACCUUGGAGAUGACGGCGAAGCAGCAGCUGCUGCUUUACCAAAUCAUGUCUAUAUGGAUGCUAUGGGAUUUGGCAUGGGCUGUUCAUGUCUUCAGGUUACCUUUCAAGCUUGCAAUAUAAAUGAAGCUAGAACGUUGUAUGAUCAACUUGCACCAGUUUGUCCUAUAGCAUUAGCUCUGAGUGCUGCAUCUCCAGUUCAUCGUGGUUACUUAACAGAUAGAGAUUGCAGAUGGGACAUCAUUGCUGCCUCUGUAGAUGACAGAACUUAUGAAGAAUUGGGUGUUAAGCCUCUGCAAAAUAACAAAUUUAGAAUAAAUAAAUCUCGAUAUGACUCCAUAGAUUCUUACCUUUCACCUGCUGGAGAGAAAUUUAAUGAUAUUGAUUUAAUAUAUGAUGAAGAUAUAUAUAAAUUAUUGCGUGAAUCAGGCAUUGAUCACUUGUUAGCUCAGCAUGUGGCACAUCUCUUCAUCAGGGAUCCCAUAUCAUUGUUUUCUGAGAAAAUUCAUCAGAAUGAUGAUGAAGAUACAGAUCACUUUGAGAAUAUUCAGUCUACAAACUGGCAGACAAUGAGGUUUAAACCUCCUCCACCAAACAGUAGCAUUGGUUGGAGAGUUGAAUUUCGUUCAAUGGAGGUUCAGAUGACAGAAUUUGAAAAUGCUGCAUAUGUGGUUUUCAUAGUUUUACUUACAAGAGUUAUUCUUACUUUCCAGUUAAAUUUUCUAAUACCAGUAUCUAAGGUAGAUGAUAAUUUAUCUAAAGCACAGAAACGAGAUGCUGUCUUACAUGAAAAGUUCUGGUUUCGUAAAGAUUUGACCACUUGUGAAAGCCCUCCAGAAGCUGCAGCUUACAUGGCUGAAUGUUGUAGCUCUGAUGAGUGUCAGUACACUCUUAUGACCAUCAAUGAAAUAAUAAAUGGUAAAGAAAAUGAAUUUCCAGGACUUGUACCAUUGAUACAAAAGUUUUUGACUAGUAUGGAUAUUGAUGUAGAUACCCAAUGCUCAAUUCAACAGUAUUUGAAAUUAAUUCAACUAAGAGCAAAAGGUGAACUUAUGACCACAGCCCGUUGGAUACGAAAUUUUGUUGCCAAGCACCCUAGUUAUAAAUUUGAUUCAGUUGUAAAUGAAAGAAUUAAUUAUGAUUUACUCACAACUGUUGAUCGGAUUACUCAAGGCAAAGAAGAAUGUCCAGAAAUAUUAGGACAUCCAACUUCACGAACCCGUGAACACAUUCCGAAUGCUGUUCGCAAAGCAGAAAACAGUUAUUCAAACUUGAUUACGGAAAAAGUAACAUGAACUAAAAUAACACACUUUACUUAGAAAAUGUUACAUGAAUUGAAUUGUGAAUCUUACUCAAUGGUUUCUUAUGGGUUUUGAAUUAUGGCAAGAAUAUGGAUUAAUUAUGAAAACAAUUUUUAAAGCAGUUAUUAGUUAAAAUCUUUUGGCGUCAUGAAAAUAAAAUAUGGCUUUGAUGUUUUAAUCGUAAAUAAUGUGUUCAAUAGAGAUUAUUUACUGUAAAACCUGAUUCAGUUUCGUCUUACAUUUUUUAUAUUAGAACAUUAUGUACGAAAAAGUUAUCUUAAUUUCUGUGUAAGUUGCAAAGUAAUACAUACAUAUCUGAAUAUUUAAUCAAAAGGAGAUGAUGUAUGUACAUCUCUUGCACAAUAUGCACACAGCUACAUAUUUCCAGAAAUUAACUAUACCCAGUAUAUUUACACCAAAUUUUAAAAUAUGUAGCAUAUUUUACUUAAUGUACAUGUUCAACAAUGUAUAUAUAAAUUAAAGCUUUCUGAUGAUUCUGUGAGGUUAAUAUGUAUACAGUUAGUAAUAAUCUUUAAUUUAGCCAUUUUAUGUGCAGCAUACUUUAGUAAUCAUUUAUGAUUGCUUAGAUUUUGAAACAUUUCUUUAAAAGUAUUAGAAAUGUAUGCAUGUGUAGAAAUACUAAUUUUUAGUUCUUUUGGAAACUUUCCAGAUUAUAAUUUUUACAAAUUAAAAUGAUUUAAUAAUUUUUUUUUUUUUUUUUUUUUUUUUUUUUUUUUUGCAAAUUUUUUUCAAUGCAAUUAUUAUAGUUUAAGGUAUAUUGAAAUUACCCAAUUUAUGUACAAUAUUUGCUAUAUAUGUGUGUGUGUGUGUGUAUUUGUCCAUGUCUGCUAAGUUAAUGCAUUUUGUAAUUCAUGAAUCUGGUCAGUAUUAAAGGUAUUUGUAGCAGAAAGCAUGUGAUUUGUAAAAAGUCAUUGCUUAUAUUUUUUAAAAGCAUUAAUAAAAUAUGUUAGUAAUUUAUUACAUCUUAAAAGUCUCUUGCUGAUUUUCUUUAUAUAAUAUGUUGUUUAAUUCAGUGAUUUCAGUGCUUACUACAUGAAAAAAAAAGUUUAAAUUCUGUAACAAUACGUUUAUUUUUUUUACUCUAAGAAUAAAAAAAAUGUUAAGCAAAUUUUUUUCAUCCCUAUGUCAUAACAGUAUAUACUAUAAUUAUUAUAUAUGUUGCAUUUUGAUACUGCAUGUCCUGCUUUUUACUAAUUUGGUGAGACUUUUAAUUUAGAGUAAGCAGAAUAUUGCACUGCAGAAUAAUGAAAUAACCUUGUAUAAUUUAUAAAAAGACAAGUUAGCUAAUGAAUUCUCUUCAAAUUUUUUCCUUUAAAAUGGGUAUUUUAAAUACUAAAAUUUCAAAAGGCUCAUUCUGAGAUACCAUACAAGUGACUGUGAUUCAUUGUUAAAUUACAAAUUCAUUAUCUAGAAAUGUCUGUGGAAAAAACUGUGUAAUGAAGUAAUUCUAAAAAAAUGUUAGCUAAUGAAUUAAAUUUUAUCUCUUGAAAUGGAUAUUUUGAACACUAAAAAAGUGAAAAGUUCCAUUUUGAAAUACCCGACUGUGAUUUAUUAUUAUAUUGUAAAUUCUUAUUAUAUAAAACUGUGUAAUGAAAUAAUUCUGUAAAUUUUAAUAAACAAGUUAGCUAAUGAAUUCCAUUAAAUUUUAUCCAUUAAAAUGGAUAUUUUGAAUACUCAAAAAGUCCUAAUUUAUUAUUUAAAAAUUUGUAAUCAUAUAACUCUAAGAAAUGAAAUUUAAUGGAAUUCAUUAACUAAUGUAUCUCUUAAAAUGGGUAAUUUAAAAUCUGAAAAGUUAGAAGGCCCAUUAUGGGAUACCAUAUGGGUAGCUGUGAUUCAUUGUUAAAAUACAAAUUCUUAUUAUAUAGAACCACUUGCUGAAGUACUUUUUUUUUUUAUUAUUAUUUUUAAGAAAUAAGUUAGCUGAUGAAUUCCAUUAUAUUUCCCCUCUAAAAUGGAUAUUUUGAACACUGAAAUGUCAAAAAGUGCAUUUUAAGAUACCACACCUGUGAUUAUGGUUCAUUGUUAAGUUAAAAAUUCAUCAUCUAAAAUGUUUAUGUAAAAAAUUGUUUAAUGAAAUAAUUCUAAGAAAUAAGUUAACCAAUGAAUUCCAGUAACAUGGAUAUUUUGAUUCUUCCUUAAAAUGGAUAUUCUGAGUACUGAAAAGCCAAAAGUUCCAUUUGGGGAUAUCAUAUCUGUGACUAUGAUUCAUUAUUAAAUUGCAUAUUCUUAUUAUAUAAAAAUGGUUAAUGAAAUAAUUAUCUAAAUUUUAAGAAACAAGUUUAGCUAAUAAAUUCCAUUAUUUUAUCUCUUAAAAUGGAUACUUUUGAAUACCGAAAAGUCAAAAAGUCCAUUUUGGAAUACUAGAUGGAUGACUAUGAUUCAUUAUUCAAAUUACAAAUUCUUUUUAUGAUAUAAAAUUCGCUGAAUAAUGUAGGCAGAGAGGUAAAAACUUACACACAUGCAUGAAAUAAAUAUCAUGGGAUUUUAUUGAAAGUAAGAAAAAAAAAAGUGCUUAAAACAGCCAACAGAUGGCACUUCAUAUGAUAACAAAAGCAAUAAUUAGCAUAAGAAUUGAUUUUUAGCAAAGACUAUGUUCUUUAUAACAAAUGUUCAACAUGUUGGCUGUCAUUCAUCAAUAAUAGGUCGAGGGACAAUUUUAUGAAAAGCUUUGUACAGCAUAUCUGUAGGUAUGGUGCGAAAUUGCCGUCGGAUGUAGUCUUUUAGUAUCCCUAAAGAGGUCGGACGAUCACAACAGACAUACAAUUUUAGGUAACCUCACAACCAAUAAUCACAGGAAUUGAGAUCUGGGGACAUGAGAAGCCAAGCAUGAUGGAAGUGGUGGCUCAGUAAGCAAUCUCACCAAAUGAUGUGUGCAAGAGAUCUUUCACACGUGUAGCAAUAUGGGGUAGAGCACCAUCUUGCAUAAAAGUCAUACCUUCCAACAGAUGCUUAUCAGCCAGACUGGGGAUGAUGCGAUUCUGUAACAUAUCAGCUUACCUCGCACUGGUCACACUGGCAGUUUGAAUAGCAGAACCACACAUUUCCUUGAAGGAAAAGGGUUCAAUCACGAUUGAUGUGAUAAAUCUACAUCACACCGUGACCAACAUUCACAGGCAAGGAUAGAAAAGUGAUAAAGUCAUGAAGGGACUGAUUCCCUUUCUCACUGCUGCUCAUUUCAUGCGGUGUCACUGACAUUUUGCUGUCCAGCACCAUAUGUUAUCUUUUUUUCUUUCAAAAAAACUCCAUGUCAUUUCAAGCAUGUAUGUCAAUUUUUAACUCUCUACCUACAUUACUUUGUGAAUUAUUGAAUUUUCAAAUGUUAAUGGCCUUUUGGUUCACCCGGUACUUUGUAUAUUACAUUUUGAUUCUACACUUUUUAUUCUGUUGCAAUGUUCAAUGUGAAAAUACUUUUUAAAUGUGAUAUUACCAGAACCUUGAAUUCCUUUAUUUUUUGCUUCCCCAGAGUGUCCUAUGAAAUUUUAAUAUAUUGUGUUUUAAAGAAUGGUGUUAAUUUUCUCUGUAUAGGCUGUUGGAUAGCUCAAGUAUAGUUGUAUAGGCUCAAGUAUAGGCUGUUGGAACUUUUUUAAGUAUUGAAAAUCCAGACUAUUCUAUUUUUCAGUAUUUCAACUGAAAUGUUAUAAAUCAGAUCUAGAUAAAGUUCUAACACUGCAAAUCUGAAAAGUUUAAGGAGGAUUUCUUUUUGUUUUAGAUUGUGAAUUUGGUAAGAAACAGCUGAUUUAGUUAUCUGUUACAAGUACUUAAUAUUUGAUCUAAUGUAUAUACACAUUUCAAUCACAAAAAUAAUUUUUAGCUCUGCUUAAUAAAAACCAAUCUUUUAAUCAUCCCUACAGUGAAAUGCUAUCAAGGGUUGAUUGUAUAAAUAAAAAUUAUUUAUACGUUAAUAUUUAUAAUUUGCUGGCUAGACCAUGUACACAUUUUUUGUAUAUGUUUCCUCUUAAAACAGUGAUUUUUUGAAAAGGCAUAUAUUUUCAUAAGAUGUAAAUUAAAUUAUCAAGCAUGAAAAUUAGUUAUAGUUAACAAAUGUAGUAAAUAAUAGCAUAUAAAAAGAAAAAUACAUUUUGUGAAAUUAUUGAAACAUUAUGGGAAAAUUAUAUGGGUCCAAUUUAACCAUUUUUAACACUUUUUCAUUUAUUUAUUUUGAAACACCAGUUAACAUAGAAAAUUCCAUAAGCGUAUAUUAUUGAUGUAAAUGUAUACUAGAAUAUUUAUACGUUGAAUUUCAUCAUUUUGUAUAUAAAGAAAUAAAUAAGUUUUUUCCCUUC